UCAAGGCGUCCGUUUUACUGUGCCGUCUCAUCUAAAUGAUAUUCAGUCUGAAUGUCAAAUUGUGUUGUUAUUUAAUCGUGAUAUUCAGUUAAAACAAAUUAUUUUGAGUUUUCAAUACAAUAUAAUGCUGCUUAUGAUUGUGAGCUCCCUGUGUAGCUUGAAAUUGGUCAAGUUAUGUUAUCCAUUGACGUAAAUAACUUUGCUAUGGUGGAAUAAAACUACAAAUUAAUAAAAAGGUGACCUACCACCGAGUGUCUCUAAUUAAGAUUUUAUAAAGUGACGCAAAAUAAUUAGCUCAAGACAGAAAUUAAUGAAACAAUUAAUUCUAGAGAAACAUAUCUCGGAUCCUACUCUAAGAAAAUUAAGUGGAAAAUCUGUGGUGAAAAAUAUUCUCACGAAAUAGUGAUUCCAAAAAGUAACUAAUACAAAAUAACGUUACAAAAACAGUGUUAUAUUAUAAAAUAUUAGUGUUACUAAAAGUAUCUGUAAAAAAUAUUAGUGUUAUAAACUGUCAAAGUGUCAGUGAACUUGUGCAAAAUAGUGUUGAAUAGUGUACAGAUAGUGAAUAAGAGUAGCAAUGCUUUGCUAGAGUGGUGAUAUUGAUGAUUUUGCUACCGUCAUCACGAAUGCGGGCGGGCGGCCCCUCCGGCCGGCAGGUCAAUGACAUCGCCGGCACUUCUUGUGCUUUCCUUGGCCCUUGUUUGCUCCACCGUCGGCCUGAUUUCGGAAAGAGCUGAUCAUGACAACCGCCCGCAAAGCAAGCUAAGCUUGUCAAAUUAUGACAUAGAAAUACGGAAUAAAUGGACCAAUAACUUAGAAAGAAAAUAUAUUAACUACAUCGAAACUGUAGAUGAAGUAAAGACUAUUAAUAGUAAUAAUAAUAAUUACGAAGCAAAUGAAAUUCAAAUGAGAAAUUUAGAUAUUCAUAGAAAUAAUGUUCAGAGAAUGAAUGCUAAUUCUAAGAUGAGGAAUUUUGAUGUUAGCAAAGAAGUGAAAAGAGUGAAGAGGGAUGAUAAGGAUCCUCGAUGUGAAUCCUUCAAUUAUGAUGACAAGGAGAAGUUUAUAACGCAUCCCCAUCCGAAGAACAGUGGGAAUAAUUACUAUUAUAAUAAUUCUGAUUGCGUCACUAAGAUUAAUGCCACAACGACAGACAUGGUGAUACAGCUGACAUUUGUGGAUGUGUUCCGCAUAGAAUAUCAUCCGGAGUGUGCAUAUGACUACCUAGAGAUUCGAGACGGUUACUAUGGUUACGCAGACCUCAUGGGCCGGUUUUGCGGCCAAGCCUUUCCAAGAACAUUGAAGACGAAAGGACCUAAUGUUUGGCUGAAGUUCCAUUCAGACGACACAAUAGAAUAUGAAGGAUUUAAGAUAAACAUCGAAUUCAAAGAUGGACCGAGCCACCACAUACCGGAAGAAUGCUACACAACGUUUGACGAGGACAAGUUUGGCGUGAUAGACACGAAGCAAAUUGACCCAUUGUGUACCAGUAACUCCAACCAGGCGUUAGACGUGCUCUGGAAAAUUGUGGUCCCAGAGAAUAUGAAGAUUUACCUCAACUUCACACAAUACGGGUUGGCCAAGCCAAACGAGUGUAAUGAGAACAUUAUUCAAGUGUUUGAGACAGUCCAUGAAGAACUAGACUCCAAGUUAGCAGAAUAUUGUGGUUCUGUAGCCAACUCAGUCACGACAAAGGACCGCAAUGGUAACGUCAUGUACGUGAGGCUAUACGUCGCGAAGGACGCUCGGAAGGACACCUCCUUCAAGGCCACUUUCAACGCGUAUAGAACCUUGGAUGCUAAUAGUGAUGAUAAAUGUGGCGAUGAUGAAUUCGACUGUGAAGACAAUACUUGCAUUGACCUUCGUCUUAGAUGCGAUCAUGAUGCGCACUGCCGGCUGAAAGCUGAUGAGGACAAGAGCAGAUGUGAUUUGAAACAAGAGUCUACAAUCAACCAGCCUCACAUCAUGGUAAUCCUGAUCAUCUUCUCCCUGAUCUUGUCAGGAAUGAGCUUCGUCUUUAUCUUCAAAUGCAUGAGGAAGUUAUACCAGGAUCAUAAGAUUAUCAAGGAGCACAUAAGACAAUCGUGUGAAGAUCGUCUGGACAGUUUAGUCGGAAGUCGUCUGACGUUAGACCCCAAGAGACUACAGAGGGACAGUGAGCCUCGAGUGAGUUUAGAAAGAGAAAACCACAACAAUGAAAUGGUAAAGAAGCAGAGGAGCUUCUCUUCAAAACAUAAGCAAUCAAGCAUAGAAUCCGACUACCAGGAGACCCAUUUAGACUUAGACGAAGAAAUAUGGAGAAGAGAAGUAGACAGCAUGCCAAUAGAAGAAGAUGUCUCCAUAGAACGAAAUGGAAGAGCAAGGAAAAGCGACUUUAGCAGAAAAGAAGAAUCAAUGAGAAGUAGAACAAAAGAGAGUGAGGACAGCAGAGAAAAGAAGGAGAUGAAAGAACAUAAGAGGGAGAUUAGAGAUGUGUCGGUUGGAGCGCCAGAUACUAAGGAGUCUGGAUGCCAGACCAGAGAGAGUCUGUUUCAAACUGAUCCUCCUCCUAGUUCUGAUGGUUCCGGUACCAACAGUCGAGGGUUCUCAACGUUUGGGUACUCCGGAGCCACCAUCGUAAGGCCCUCGCCACCAGCCACAACGAACACUUCAGAGAUCACCAUAGAACUGCUCAAACAAAUACCUUCGCAGGAAUCUAAACCAUUAAAGAAAAUACCUGACCGCCGUCCGAUCAGUACGGAGACUACGCGAUCAGCUCCAGACGUCAUCAUUGUGUCAAAACCGAUUCGCUGAGGGUGACCUUUGGGGCCCGCUCCAUGGGCCCCAAAACCCCCUGACUCCUGGUAUCCCUUAGAGCCCCGUAUGAGGCCGGAGGGGUCCUACCAACCGCACACUUGUCAACUCGACACGUUUUCUAAAAGCAUGUCUUUUGACAAUUGUGACGGUUAUUACAGCCAAUAUUUUGAUGAGAGACCAAAACUUAUUUAUGAUUACUGUCUUAAAAGUGAUUUUGAGUAUAAAAAAGCCCAGACUUUGCCCAGAAACUUGGGGUCUUCAGUGGACUAUAAGCCUAAAGUGUACCCUCAAAGGAGUGUGUGUUUUUACGGCCUUGAUGAUGAAGAGGACUGUCCGAGGCCAAGGAAGACAUUUGUAGUGCACGCGGAUAUCGAACCCCAUAGAUAACAUUUGUGAGGACUUUUAUAGCAUUUUUUAAAUAGAUAAUAAUUAUAAAAUGUUUUUUUUUUCAGUUUGUUAAUAUAGGAUAAUAAAUUGUAGAUUUUUUUGGGAUUGUAGUUAAUUUUUUGUUUGAUUAAUAUUAAUGGUUCAGAAAAAGUUGAUAAUGCUUUUGGGAGGCUAUUCUUCCGUGCCGGAAAAGGGCCUAAAUGGUUGAAUCUCUGUUAAUGGCUCUCUUGGGAGUCUAAAUAUAACCUAUCAGAAACGAUUUGGAUUAUGUCCCAAGAGAAAAUUAUAUGAAAAUGAUAGGUACAGAUGCCAACACAUCGAGAUAUAGAAUAGAAUUUCAAUCUUAUGCUUCUGGAAUAUAGUUGAAAAUCUAUAGACAUUUGACAUAUUUGGGGUAACUUGAGGUGUUGGCUUGAAAUUUUAAAGAUAUUGAAAGCUUUUUAUUGUUUGUUUCAUAUUUUUGAAGUUUAAAUUAAUGACUACUAUUAUUGUUUUUAAAAUAAAUAUACGCACAGCACUAUUUGUAUUGUAAUGUUAACUUCUGUUAAAUGAAUCGUGAAGUUAUGUAAAUAUAACCAAUCAACUGCCAAUAUUUAAAAUUAUGAAUAAAAAUGUAGAAAUAUUUUGAAUGUUAACAAAAAUUAAUCAAAAGUAAAUCUGAAAUGUAUCAUCGCGUAGAACUCUUAAAUUACCUCAAUUGAAUAAAUUAUUUGUUUUCUUUGUUUUUGAGAUAUAUUUAUUUUAAGGAUUGUAAUAGCACACUUUUUUCUAGUUUAUCUAUUGGUCGCAAAUCAUUGGCUUUUUUUUAAGACGGGUAAAUUAUCGAAUGAUUGCUCCCGCCUGGAUGAGGCGGGAGGGAGUGUCAGACUCUUAACCCCGGUAACCCGUUAAGUUCUCUGCGACUCCGAAUCGGCAUCAGCCCUGUUGAUUAAGUCAUUGCCUAACAUGAGGUUUUACGUUAUAUUUGAAGCCUAAUAAUAAUUCUGAUCGCUGACUUGCAUUCUUGCCAUAUUGUAAAAUUGCAGCAAUUGACGUUAAACACAAAAGUCUACAUCAACAAUUAUUGGCUAUAAAUACUUAUUAGGUACUUUCCCGAAUUCAGUGCAGUUUUAGUCUAGACUCAGGUGCUGAUAUAAUCGUGAUCUUCGGAUCCAACUUGUUGGUUUUCUGCCCAAAUUCGUGGUAUAGACCGGGUCGAUAUAACCUUUUAUUAGGGCAACCGCGGAACUGUGGGUGUAGUCCAGGACAUAGUCAAUUUGUGUAUUUGUAAUUUUUAUAAAAAUAAACUCAUGUGUAACUUAAAUUUAAACUGUCAAACACCAAGCGG